AUGGCCUCAAGCGUCACCCGUCGUCUCCUCUCCACCACCGCUCGUCGGUUCCAGGCCGAGAGCAAGGCGGAGCUCAAGCGCGAGACCAAGCGCAACCCCGAGCUUAUGAUCCUCGGCGGCGUCAUGGUUGCUGCUCUCGGCGGUGCUGGUUACUACCUAGGCCAAAGCCCGACGGGAUCCACCUCCGAGUCCCCCGUCCACAUCGCCAAAGGCGGCAUGCCCUGGGAGGGCGACGCCGACGCCCAGGGCAAGUACAAGUACCACCCGGGCGGCGACCCCAGCAAGGAGCCCAGGGACGCCCCCAGCGCGCUCAACGUCGUCGUUGUCCCCGACGUCACUCUCCCCCGGGAGCUGCACGACAAGUACAACAAGUGGGGCAAGGACGGAUACCCGUAA